AUGAAAUCAGUCGUUAUCGUGCAUCAAAUAUUAUUCGAGUAUGCCAAAAAUUUCAAUUUCUUUCCAUCAAUUCCACCAUCAACAGAUGAACAUGAACUUCGAAAUCAACGGAUUUCAACUCGACUAUUUCUUGUUUUAUUAUCCGCAUCAUUGAUUAUUCUUCUCAUAUACAAUUCAUUAAUUACAGUGACCAUCACGAAAACAAUUCAAACACCUUCAUUAAAACAAUAUGAAAAAUUGUAUGAAACAUAUUCGAAAACAUUGACAUGUCCAUGUAAAAAAAUGUCAAUUGACUAUAAGGAUAUUGUUCAGAUUAAUUUCACAUUGCAUCAAGUUUGUGACAGUGAUUUUAUUAGUGAAAAAUGGAUUAAAUACCUUGCUCAUUCAUUUAAUCAAAACAGUCUAAUUUUUAAUGAUUUCCGAUCGCUCAGUCUCUCUAUAUUUCAAACUUUAAACUUACUAUGCGAACAAUCGAAUAAAAUAAUUGUAGAUAAUCUAAAACAAUCUGAUUUAAAUCAAUAUAUUAGUACAAUAGUUACAUCCUCGGAUUUAUUUAAAUCCCAAAUUGAAACAUUUGCCAAACAAUUGAAAUCAACGAUAACAUAUAGUUUUCUUUUAAUGCUUGGUCUUAUACGAACUACAACAGUUGCUAAUGGUUUACAUUCUGCAUUAAACACAAAUUAUCGUUUUUUUAAGGUUUAUAAUCAGUUAGCUAUGCAAAAUCAACCAUAUAAUUAUUCGAAUUGUUUAUGCAGCCUUUUGUCAACAUGUUUCAUUCAAUCAAGUAUUCCAUAUUCUCAUAAGGCACCUCCUUUUAUUGUUCCCGGCGUUUAUCAAGGAUGUUAUGUGAUUGAUGGACUGUUUCGAUCUACUCUCGAGUGUUUUUAUGAUCAAUCAUGUAUUGAUAAAGUUCAGUUUUAUGCGGUAUCCAUAAUAACAUUCCGCGCAGAAGCAAUGUAUCCAUUAACGAAAAGUAGAUUUUUAAUUAAUUCAACAAUGCAACAAAUUAUUAACCAAUUAAUGAUUGAAGAGUGGAAUUGGACACAUAAAUAUGAAAAUUAUUAUAAUGAAUGUCGACCAAUUGAAUGCAAAUAUAGUUAUGAAACAGAAAGUGGUAUUGUUUAUAUCGUAACAGCAACAAUUGGUUUAAUCGGUGGUUUACUUACUGCUUUGAAAAUUGUUGUGCCAUUCUGUGUGAACGUUAUCAUACGAAAGCGUCGAUUAGAAACAGAAAGAUCUGGGUUCAGUAUAUGUGGACAAGUUUUCGUUCUAUUUCGAAAAAUCAAGAUUUUUCUUACAACAUUCAAUCUCUUUCCAUCAAUUCCACCAUCAACAGAUGAACAUGAACUUCGAAAUCAACGGAUUUCAACUCGACUAUUUCUUGUUUUAUUAUCCGCAUCAUUGAUUAUUCUUCUCACAUACAAUUCAAUAAUCACAGUGACCAUCACGAAAACAAUUCAAACACCUUCAUUGAAAAAAUAUGAAGAAUUGUAUGAAACAUAUUCGAAAACAUUGACAUGUCCAUGCGAAAAAAUGUCAAUUGACUAUAAGGAUAUUGUUCAGAUUAAUUUCACAUUGCAUCAAGUGUGUGGCAGUGAAUCGAAUGCUAAUGCGUGGUAUAUUUAUCUGUCUAAAGGUCUGUAUACAGGAAGUAUAAGCUUGUUUGAUUUUCGAGAAGCAGGAAAGCAUAUAUUUGAAGCAUUGUCAUGGUGGUGCCAAUCGACAGAUAAGAUCAUUAAAACUAGUUUAAAAGAUUUCAAGUUAAAUCAAUAUAUUAGUACAGUAGUUUCAUCCUCGGAUUUGUUUAAAUCACAAAUUGAAACAUUUGUUAAGCAAUUUAAAUCAACGACCGCGUAUAAUUUUCUUGUGUUAUUGAGUCUUAUGCGGAUAACAAAUGCGGCUAAUGGUUUAUACUCUACAAAAACCCAUAACUAUCAAUUUUAUCUUUCAUCUGAUGGGAAAACAUAUCUUUCUCGUCCAUCUCGAUUCGGAGACUGUGAAUGUAAUAGAUCCUCAGUAUGUUUUGCUCCGUCGACAAUUUACACUUAUCCUGAAAUGAAACCAAUAUUUUCCGUGCGUGGUGUUUAUCGCGGAUGUUAUAUAACUGAUACAGUUUUUCGAUCCACUCUCGAAUGUUUUUAUGAUAUAGAAUGUGUUGAUAACAUUCAAUCUCAUUUAAAGCCAUCAGCUCAAUUUCGUCCACGAGCAUUAAAUGCAUCAUUAAAAAGUCGAUUUUUAAUUAAUUCAACAAUGGGUGAAAUCAUUGACGAAUUAAUGAUUGAAGAGUGGAAUUGGACACCUCAAUAUGAAAAUUAUUAUGAUGAAUGUCAACCAAUUGAAUGCACAUAUAGUUAUGAAACAAAAAUUGCUGUUGUUUAUAUCGUUACAGCAACAAUUGGUUUAAUCGGUGGUUUAUUUACUGCUUUGAAAAUUGCUGUACCCAAUUUGGUCAAAUUCAUCGAUUAUUUGAUUAGACGAUGUGCAAUACGAAAAAUGAAUCCGCAAAUAUCGAUUGAAUCUAUUCGUCGUUAG